AUGAAGAUGAUGCUGAGUCUGGGUUGGCUGUUCAUUGCCAUAGUCCAUAUGGCUGAACCUCUCAUCUCUAAUAACUUCGCUGCCUGUAACUUUGCUUCCCUGUAUGACAGAAGGAGGCGCAUUCCCCUCUAUUCAGCCUACAUCUUGGACAGGAGAUCUUCAUGUUUAGAUCAGAGGAAAAGCACUUUCAAUGUUGAACCUCAGCUGGUUCAUAGGGAGUUGAACAAAGCAAUGCUGAGUGAAGCAGCUACUAAAAAACAGAUAACAGAGCAUGGCAUUAAAAAAGACCCCAGAACACUUAUUGAGUCAAGUCAAGCUGUUAAUGCUGAUUAUGAAAGGACUGGCUAUGACAGAGGUCAUUUAAGUCCCGUGUGCCAUCAGGCAGACAAAAAUGAGCAGGAUGCGACAUUCACGCUGACCAAUGUGGUGCCAAUGAAUGCUAACUUCAACAGAGGCAAAUGGAAAUCUUAUGAACUACAUAUGAUCAAGUAUGCUAAAGAAUGCACCACUAUGUAUGUGGUUACUGGCAUCGUACCGGGCGAUAAGUGGAUCAAUAGGACGAAUACUGACCGUGUGAAUAUUCCCAGCCAUGUGUGGAAUGCUUAUUGCUGUGUAGAUAAUAAUGGCAAACCAAUCAAAUCAGGGGCAGGGAUUGGGGAAAAUAUAAUGUCAACAAAUGAUGUUUCUCAGAUUGGAAUUGAUGACCUUCAAAAAAAACUCAAGAAUAGUUUAGGAAAUAUUGAGAUAUUCCAAAAUAACUGUAUGAAAUUCUAGAAUUUACAUCCUAAUAAAAUGCCAAAAGGCAAACCGCUAAAUGUCUCCAUUGAUGCUACAGUCCUAUCCUAACUGCACUCAAUGCCUUCCUACUGACUUCACCUGUAGAUUUCAGUUUUCAUUCAUUACACAGUAUAAAUCAGAAAAAAAAGUUCAAAUCAAAAAGAGGGGACGAGACACUGUCUGGACCUAUGUGAUUGCUUUUUUGCUAAUUUGCAGUUUGGUGCAGAUCAACUAGUGAAAUUUCCCGUUGGC